ACAUUCAAGACAAUUCUCAUUUACAUCUCAUUCACAUCAAUGCCGGUACUAAUUAAGUAGUUUUGCUUUUAGUUUGUGCCACUGCUGUAGACGUAAAAAGUGCGAUAGGCCUACGUGUGCACUAUACAAUGCAAAUAACCUGAAAAACACGCAUUAUUAGCGCACUGCUUAGAGAUUGGUUUCCCCAAAUAUCUCUGCAUCUCCCUCUGACUGUCUCUCUCUCUGUCUCGCUCUCUCGCUGUCUCUCUCUCUCCUCACCCUCCCUUAUGUUGUCGCCGGUGAACGGAAUAAUCCCUCGCCGUCCCCGCUUCACUACAAGCCCGUAUUUAAUUCCCUUAAACCCCCAGCUGCCGUUCUGGUUCCUCUGUGAACACGACAGACUGUGAAGCGCUCUCGGUUAUUAAUAAUUCACCAGCCACUCCACGUCUCCAUCCACGUCCACAGACCAGCCCGACAGCUUCUGCAUGCACGGGCCACGCAGGGGUAGCACAUUUAUUUAUGCAACUAUUCUUUCCUAGGCUGCUUAACACGCGUUAUAAUUUCAUUUGACUUUUUAUGUAAAACGUAAGCGCGUCACCGUUAUUCACGUUGCCAACGUAAAAUCUUAUCUAUUCCGCCUCGCGUACGAUUUCGCAAUAUCCACUUUGCCCAAAAUGACGUCCUCUCCAAAAUAAUUGAUCGUGUAAUCCUUGCACUGAGGAGGAGGAGGAGGUCAUGGAGAUCACCACGAGCAGGUCUCCGGUGGGACGGAUGGAGCACCAAUUCAACCAGCGUCAAUGAGCUGCAACAGCUGAUCUGAAACUGCGCAGGGAGAAAGUUGCAGUCGGCGCGAUCUCGACCGAAGCCGCUGGAGACGCAUUUUACCGACGCAAACCGGAGGGAUUCGUAACGGAGAGAUUCAGUUAACGUUAGGACCGUCCUGUCGAACCUUCUGCGUUGCGACGUCUUCACACAGAGACGCUUGAACUUGCUGAGAGAACGAAACGACCCUCGGAGAUUCCGGCGAAUGUUAACUUUCCGUGCGUAAAACUUGGUCGUUUUGCGCGAUCCACGGGCCCAUCCCGCAAUCCGGCUCUUGUGCUUCCGGUAUCAACGAAGAAAAUCGACUCGUUUGAGUUUCCUCAGGCACCACAGUCUUUUUUUCGGGGGAAAGUUUUUUUAGAGGAGUAAAAUGGGUCUUUGAGACUGUUGGCAAUAUUCCCCGCUCCACAAUGGCUACCGAACCGUUCCUGGUGAAUGAAGAUCCGUCCAGAGGUCCUGGGAUACCGGAGUGCUUCGUCGUAUCCGACUCGUACAGGAAAAAUAUCAGUGUUUGGGACACGGGGGAUGAAUUUCAUCCCUUCAUCGAGGCUUUGCUGCCACACGUCCGCGCCUUCUCCUACACCUGGUUCAACCUCCAGGCCCGCAAGCGCAAGUACUUCAAAAAGCACGAGAAGCGCAUGACAAAGGACGAGGAGCGCGCCGUCAAAGACGAGCUGCUGGGCGAGAAGCCCGAGAUCAAGCAGAAGUGGGCGUCGCGUCUCCUCGCCAAACUCCGCAAAGACAUCCGGCCCGAGUUCCGCGAGGACUUCGUGCUCACCAUCACGGGGAAGAAGCCACCGUGCUGCGUGCUGUCCAACCCCGACCAGAAAGGCAAGAUCCGUCGCAUCGACUGCCUGCGGCAGGCGGACAAGGUCUGGCGUCUGGACCUGGUGAUGGUCAUCCUGUUCAAGGGAAGCCCGCUGGAGAGCACGGACGGAGAACGGCUGAUCAAGUCCCCGCAGUGCUCCAACCACGGCCUGUGCGUCCAGCCGCAUCACAUCGGAGUGUCCGUCAAAGAGCUGGACCUGUACCUGGCCUACUUCGUCCACACGCCAGAAUCCGGACAGUCGGACAACUCCAACCAACAAGGAGAAGCAGACAUUAAGCCUCCGCCCAAUGGGCACUUGAGUUUCCAGGACUGCUUUGUGACGUCAGGCGUGUGGAACGUUGCCGAGCUGGUCCGUGUGUCACAGACACCAGUUGCCACGGCGAGCGGACCAAACUUCUCUCUGGCCGAUCUCGACAGUCCGGGAUAUUACAACAUCAACCUUGGGCGCCGCUCCAUAACGUCCACACCAUCCACCAGGGCUGAGAUGGAGUUGUAUGCCAGUCUCCCUCGGAGUUCCAACAAGCGUAAGUCAAUUGAUGACAGUGAAAUGGAGAGCCCGGUGGAUGAUGUCUUCUAUUCGGGUCGUUCUCCCGCCCCAGGAGCAUCUCAACCCAGCGGAUGGCCCAAUGAUGUUGAUGCAGUGCAGCACCAUUUGGCCAGUAUGCAGGAGAGGAAGAUUAAACAUGAAAACGAAGGCGUGCAGUUUCCUUACCAUGGGCUCUCGUCGCCUGGUUCUCUUAAGAAGCCGGGGAAAUUCGAUUUCAACGCUCUGUCCGGCCAUACGAGGUCUGCCCGCAUGCCGUUCACCCAUCACCCGCUGCCCAUGCUGGCAGGUGGGAGACCAGCAGGAAGUCCCCGCGCCUCAGCUUCCUCUCUGCACUUCCCCUCUCCCUCCAUCAUCCAGCAGUCCAGUCCGUAUUUCACCCACCCCACCAUCCGAUACCACCACCACCCGGGGCAGGACCCGCUCAAGGAGUUCGUGCAGUUCGUGUGCGCCGACGGAUCAGGACAGGCCAGCGGUCAGCCGAACGGAGGCGGCCAGAGCAAAAUGCCGGGCUCCUUCUUGCUUCCUCCACCCCCCCCUGUGGCGCGUCCAGUGCCCCUCCCAAUGCCAGACUCUAAACCCAGCAGCACGCCCCCUGAUGGUGGACUCACCUCACCCACAUCUCCGUCAUACUCCUCGUCAGGCUCCACAGCUCCCAACAGGUUUGUCAGCAUCGGAUCACGGGACAACAACUUUCUGAACAUCCCCCAGCAGACGCAGUCAUGGUUCCUUUGACGAGACCUGCCUGCAACCCGUCAUCACAAUUCGGAAGGUUUAAUAAAAAAAAAGGAAACGUCGUAUUUGAAAAUCCACAGCCCCGCCCUUUUGUGAACACGUUCAGCCCUGUUUAUCUGCCAAUCAUCAGAUGCCCUUUGACCCCGCCCCCCGAAGACCACGCGAGGUCAGGGACUGACACGCACCUCAACGCAAGAACCAGCGGAGCAACUCAACGAAGAGACAAAAUGUUACAAGGCACAAGGAUGUAGUGUACAGUGGCCGAGAAUUGAGUGGUAAACAUUAAGAAAUGACAAAAAUGCACGUUUUGAAAACCCCAACACACUUAAACGUGCUGACGUACACCCCGCAGAUGACACUAAAAGUGUUAGACGCCCAGUCGUUUAGUCUUUUUAAAUCAGCAUUUGGCAGUUGUUUUUUGUUUUUUUUUUUGCUUUCACAGGUAAUAUCUAAAGUGAUCUAAGUUUAAGUACUAAACUAAAUCAAGGCAGAAUUAUUGCACUACAGAAUGCGAAGAGCACUAGUUUGAUGUGCACUAUUGAAGAUGCGAUACAUGGCGAACAUUAUUUGCACAUUUAUGGCGGGAAAAACGAAACUGACACAGCACCCUUAAGCUACACUUAAAAGUACAGUUUAGCCUCAGUGCCAACUAAACACCACAAGGUAAUCUAAUAGGACCAAUAAUGCCGACCAGCAGGCUCACGGACCCCAUUUUCAAAUUGUGUUUUAAAGUUUUGAGGUCGUUCCCACUUUCAUGUGGGGAGAAAUGUGUGGUGUUAUCAUUGUCGUGUUUGUAGAGCCCCAGAUAAUCACUUCAUCGUUUGGAUUUAUCAGUUUCUCUUUCAAUCGGAGCCAUCUAGAUUUUUCGCAAAAAUUCGAAUCAAAAUAAUUUCCACAAAUAAAUACGGCUCCAGAGACAUAUCCACUUCCGUGUAUUGUUUACUUAAAUGUUUACGCUCACAGAAGUUCCAAGAACACGCAGUGUGUCUGCGGAGGGAACGAAUGUGAUAUUAUUUCAUACUGUUCUUUUAAAUUGUAUCUUUCAAGAUGUUUUAAUUCGGUAACAUUUCGGUAUGGCCGUUAAAAGCGCACGCGCACAUUCGCAUUCGAACUAUAAAGGGAAGCAUUACUGCAGGGCAAUCGUCAUUCGUCUGUACAUAAAUAUUCCCGUGGAACGACCGCAGGUGACGUCACUAAAAACAUCGUUGAUUUUUUUUACCUGUAAACUGCAAUCUCACAAAAUAACUGGACUGCCUGACCAUGUAUCUCAGCGCAGGGAAGCGCCGUUGCCGAAAGGCGGCCGUGUCAACGGUUUAGUCGAAAACGAACGCGAGAAUUACGACGGCAAUGGUCUUUUCUUUUCUAAGCAAAGGAAGUGCCUCUGUAUUCCCAUUAUGCAAUUUGUUAAACAUGAAUUCAGGUUAUUUUCUUGCAUAUAAGCUAUAGAGGAGCGUGAAAUUUUUAUGGAAAAAAAACAAGUGUCAGCUUACUAGUUACAAACAUCUUUAUAUAUACAGGAUAUAUCCAUAUAUAUUUAUAUAUACAUUUUUUCGUUUUUCCUUUUUUGCCUAAUAAGCUCAGUGGCAGUCUAGUUAUUUUUUGAAGUAUGACAUGAGUUAUCAUAAAUCCGUUCAGAAGUUCAGUCCCAUAACCCCGUUCUGCACUCAUAGGGAAUAGUGUUCGGCAAAAUCGGCGGAAAUAUGCGAUUUCUGCAGAAACCGUUACGGAUAGUGUAGAGACAGGAAGUGUUUGUUGUUGCAAAAUGAAAAAAAAAGUGUGUCGAAUGAGCCACGUGCAAUGCCUUGAGUAGAAACUGUGUUUGUGAGUAUUAGGGUGUACAGGAAAACCUAGCGGUAAAAAAACGUCUAUUCUAGUCAAGUCCCACGCGCCCGGGACUCUAAAUGAAAGGGCGGAGAGCGCGAGAGUAAAGCGUAAGUUUUGGGAAUUUGUUUUGUAAUAUUUCUUUUUCUGCUUUUUUAAUGUUUAUGUGUAAUGGUUUGUUCUCCAAAUUUAGGAGGGCUGAUGAGGCAGUUCGUCAGAAUAUAUCACUAAAUGAAACAGGUGCUUUUUAUGGAUUAAAGUACAUUCUCUAUUAUACGUAAUGAUGCGACAAACGCAAUUGUUAUCUUAAAAGAACUUUUAGGAGAAAUGUUCAUUACUCUUUUUUUUGUAUUUGAGAAGGGGGAGGGGGUUCAUUUUGACCAAGGCUGUGACAAAAGGCAUUUUCCCUCCAACCAUUCCGAAAGGAGUUGACGGGAAAUGUCCUGAUAGGUCAUUGCUGAGGUUUUACGACGAGCUGAAAAUGAGAUUUUUGUUCACACAUGUAAUCAUAUAUCAUACUAUGCAUUCCAGUUUUGUAGGACUUCCAUGCUUUGGGUCGCCGAAUAAUGAACCGCCGUAGUCCUUAACAAACUUGAACUUUGCUGGUAUUUUGUGUAUGUGAAAAAUUUCGAGAUCCUUGAAAAUAUGACAAGAUCUUCCCUGUUUAUGGGAGAGGCAUUAACACAGCACAGAUCAACUACUUUGUAAGCCCAUGUAAGCUAGAAACAGAAAUUCGGGAGGCGUGAUGUGAAUUAUUUUUAUUGGUAGCUAUAGCUAAUAAUUGAUUGAAAACAAUCAAGAAAUGUCCAGGUCCUAUUUUACCCUAAAACCAGAACAGAAGUAAUACUUCAAUUGUCAUAAAAACGCAAAAUAAGGCCUGGACGUUAGAGAUUCAACCCAACGGAGUCCGCAGCCAAUCAGAGCGAGGCACGACGAAUAUGUAACGGUUUGAACCCCUCCCCCUCUGAAACCCACCACAGCAGCCCUACUCGACCUGUGUAAAAAUGACUCUCAGUAUUUGUUAUGUGAUUUAGUGUUAGACUCAGAGCAUCAUAAAGGUCGUCCCUAAAAAGUGCCUUUUGUUCACAGACUCCAUCUUGUAAACCCGAGUGGCCAUCUUAAAAAGAAAAAAGACCCCUCGUUCGAUCUCCUGCAUCUUCUUCCGCGAGUUCUUCAAAGCAGUAUAUAUAGUACUAAAGCAAAUCGGUGUGACUUAGUUCCUCUUUUUAUCGUUGAAUAAUUAAGAAAACUGUACAAAAAACGACAAAAAAAUCCGUCUUUCUGUCUUGCUUUUUCUUCCUCUGUAAUCUUGUCUUUUGCUUCCUUUGGACACUGGAGUAGUAGUUGCAUAGCCAUCUCCCUUUCCCGCGGCCCUUCUUUCUAAACGGGAGGGCUUUAAAAUAAUAAAAGAGUAAUAAAAAAGCAAAAAAAAAAAAGAUGAAAUGUUGUCUGAGCAGAAUGCAUUUAGCUCACAUGUUAUUCCUGUCUGUACGCUUCACCUUGUAUUCAUACCGAUCUUUCGCUUGUCCAUUGAACAGUUAAUGUAUGUGAACAAUUUUGCGCCGGCGGGCUCUGGUGGGCUGUUUGCUGGAGAAACCCGUCCGACAGAGACCGACGGCUGAGGUAGAAUAGAUAAGUUUGCGGUUCUUUUUUUUUAAUCUAUUUAUUUCUUUUUUCUUACCAAAUUGAAUUUGAUUCGCUGUGAUCUGUUUGUAUUGACGAUGCACCUUUGUAAUGGUUGUACGAGACCAGAUAUUUAAACUAUUGUUAAAAAGUUCCUGUUGAGACGAAGCACCUUAUCGGAACGGUUACAGCCCAGGGAAACACUCAAAAAAACACAACCGAGCCGAACGUUUAGACCAAAGUGAUGCAUGCCACAAAACGUGACCGAAAUUUGAAAAACUCACCAGCAAAGACCAAUACGGGCUUAACAACGACAGCAUGCUUCCUACCACAAACGAAAUUCUGUUAAGCCAACGUACACAUUGCCCACUAUUAUUAUUAGUAAAGCCAAAUUGACAUUUGGCACAGUCAGAGAACAUUGACCCUCCCUGGUACUAAUCGUCCUUUUUAUUAUUUUCUUUGACGUAUUUUCGUUUUUGUACUCUUUUGGAUGUGUUUAGAGUAGAAUGAACCCUCGGCAGCGUCGGUCCUGUUCGGACGUCCACGAGCAGCAUCUCUCUCAGCAGACACGCCCCCCCACAGGCCGCGGUGAAAUGCAUGUGUUGAUUACAAUUUCUUUUCCAUAAUAAGAAAAGCAGUUUGAAAAGAACAGCGCCUUUAACUGUUUGAAUAAAAGGAUGUUCUUGACUGUAAA